UACAAUGGUAUAGCGUCUAUACGUAUAAUUUACCGCUGUCGAAUUCGCGGACCGCGGGCUAUAUUUUCAGCUGUCGUACGGUUCUAUAGCAAAUAUUUCAUUGUUCCUGUUUCAAAAUGGCGAAUUUGUAUCUGUAAUAAGUCGAACGUUGAGGCCUCGAGGGGUUUCUGGUGCGGGAUCGGUUAAGCGGCGGGCGACGGCAAAGCGACGGCCGCCCGGCUGACGACUCGUAAGCGCGGCGAGAGGUUGUCGACCUAUCGAUUUUUUUGUCUGCGACCUCUUGUCGGCGGGCGGGCCGUUGACUGGUGUCAACCAGGGUGGCUCCCGGGUCUGCGGAGGCGCCGAGCCACCGCUCUUCAAGUCAGCUGACAUCAUGGCAGAAUAUCAUGGUCAAGGCAUGGAUGCAGGCGGGAACAACUUUGACUCCGGUCAACAGCCACAGGAGCAGGAGUUGGCGACGAAAAUGCUGCAGAUCCAAUCCAAACGAUUCUACCUCGACGUGAAACAAAACCGGAGGGGGCGGUUCAUCAAAGUUGCUGAGAUCGGUGCAGAUGGACGUCGUAGCCAAAUAUUCCUGGCGAUGUCGACAGCUGCUGAGUUCCGCGACCACCUCUCGAGCUUCAGCGACUAUUACUCGUCCCUUGGCCCGCCUAAUCCUGAAAAUGUGCCUGAUGAUGGGAAACUCAAGUCCGAGAUGAUGUUAAAGGACAACAGGAGAUACUAUCUAGACCUUAAAGAGAAUUCUCGCGGGCGUUUCCUACGCGUUUCUCAGACGAUCACACGCGGUGGACCGCGCAGUCAGAUCGCGUUGCCUGCUCAAGGAAUGAUUGAGUUUCGUGAUGCUUUGACUGAUUUGUUGGAUGAUUUUGGCACUGAUGAUGGGGGGUACAAAGGCGAGCUCCCCGAAGGGCGCCACCUCCGCGUUGACAACAAGAAUUUCUACUUUGACAUCGGACAGAACAAUCGCGGGAUAUACAUGAAAGUCAGCGAGGUUGUACCUUCGUUGCAAGUGAAAAGCAAUUUCCGUACAGCGAUCACGGUGCCAGAGAAGUGUUGGUCUCGUUUCCGGGACAUAAUGGCCGAAUACUGUGAUAAGAUGGGACGUGCGCAGCUCUCCCCGCCUACGCACCAGGGCGGCAGUGGUUCUGGAGGUAGAGCCGGCAGUGCGCAGCCUGCACGGGAAAUGGACACAUUUGGCGGAAACGGCGCGAGUCGGAUUUGAUGCGAUCACUUCGGCUACUUCCGGCCGUGAGCCCUGUACAUACGCCCUUUAGAAAUAAGAUGAUGUGAUAAACUGUUUGAGCUUUAUUACAUUUCGUUUGAUUCGGUUUCGCGUCGCGCGGCGUCAUCGGUUUACUGCUUUUAGGAAGGAUUUUUGACAUAUUUUUGCUUAAACCUGUCUUUCAACCGGUAAAAAGUUAUAUUCGCACUUCAGUUCGUUAAAUCUUGUUAGUUUUUCUCAUUUAAAUCACUUUUAAACUGAUUUUUGUACAAUCUAUUACUAAUUAAAUAAUUAUUUUUAAUACUUCAAAAAUUAAUAUUAAUCCUUCGUAAUAAGCAAUAUCUGAUCUUCAAACUUUUGUUUUGGCAAUAAUUUUACAAUUAAAAAACUUAUGUAAUUGGAAAGAUGCACAUGCUUCUGUACUAACCGGUUUUAAAACCAAAAAAUCGCCGCAAACUAAAGCUAAGCUUUAUAUUCGUUCUAAACGAUUUGUGUUGUAACGGAAUUAUAAUUCCAUUCACCAUUCCUAUAUCUACAUAACUCGUAACGGAUCGCUAUUGUCUAUUUUUUUUAAUACUCGACAAGUUUCAAAACGAUCCGUUUUGUUAUUUAUUUAUGGGAAACGUCAAUUUAGCCAGGGCAACGCUUGACCUACAUGAAAUCUGGCGUUAAAUUUAACAGCCACGUUAGUUUUAGGUGUAUUUUCGUUUAUUUCAUUUUGUCUGUGUACGUAGUAUACCGACAGGAAUGGUUGGGGGGUAAUGUGUAUACAUUAAUUAAUAUGUAAAUCCGAUAAAAUACAUUAGAGAUCUUCUAAAGGUUUAUCGUCAAGUUGUUAUAGAUUUAGAGUUUGGGUUAUAUACCUGGAUGAUUUUUAUUAGUUUGAUAGCCUCUUCUAACGUCUAGCUCGCGUUAAACGGGAACAGCAAAUAUAAUUCCUGUGAAUGUACACAUUACCCCAUUGAGUGGAGACAUUGGGUGUUUACAUGGCGAGUAUUAAAUCAGCCGCUCUGCCGUUUACCGCUCUUUACUAAACGUUAACACGUGUACGUCACACGUGCACGUUCCAACGUGCCCAUUGAAAUAAUAUGCAAUCAAUCAAUAUCAAAUUCCUCUUAUAUUCUCUUGUAAUUUCUACCCUGACUAUUCUUCUUGUCAUCUCCCACCGCAUCAUGUCGUUCUUGGAUAUUUUCUUUGACUAACUAAACAUGUUUCCCACCAAUUACUAUUUCUUACACAUGCAUCAACACUACCUGUUUAAACAUAUUCCAUAGAUUUUGCUCGUCUUCUAAAAGCGGUCAGCGGUAGGGCGGCGGCACUCGUUAAUAAUAUAAGUGACGCUGCUGUGAUACUCGUAGUCGAGAAAUGUAAGUACGAACGCGUCCGUGACACUCCCAAUAUUUAACUGAACUUAGUUUUAGUUAUGCCAGGUCUAGUCGAUAAGUUUUAUUUCAAAUUAUUUCGUACCUUUAAAAAGGACUACUAAGAUUUACAAUAACUUAAAAAUAUGUUGUAGCCUUCAAAAGUGAUACUCUUAUUCUAUAUAUUUGGUGGUAAUUCUACUGACUAACACUGAUCAGUUAAAUGGUAUGAAAUAAUUAAAUGUUUGGAUUAAAUCCACCCAAAUCGUUGUUUUCAAAUUAAAUUUGGAUUUUUUGGUUUGGGUUUUUCAAAAUUAUCCGCCUAUACGCGACACGAACGCGUUCGUACGGAGGGUAGUUUAAGAUUGGUUUGUAAGCACCCUGUGUGACUCGUAAUCGCUUGUGCAAAAAUCUAUUGAAUUCUAAAAUCUUUCAUGAUUUACAAAAGCUAUUACGCGUCGAGUCGUGAGUUGGUGUUUGUAUAUAUUAUGUAUGUAUGCGCGGGCGCAAUAGUUUAAGGCGCACGUGCGUCGGGCGUGCCUUUUUUCGUCGGACGUUUUUACCCCCAUUUGACGUCGACGUCGCGCCAUGCUUUUUCCACCCCUUACAUUAAUGAAAGAAAAAAUAAAAAAAUGCAGCAAAAAAAGAUUUAGGCUGUUAAGUGUUUACGGUAAGUAGGAAGGUAGUUGUCUACAGUCUACGGCUCGACUCAUUUUGUUAAUUACGUACACUACAAUUAUUUCGUGUUUCCGCUUCGCUUUUUCAUGGCAACUAACUAUAGGAAACCUGUAUCGAUAGACAGGAAAAGUCUUACAUUUUAUACUUCGUAAAAUGGCCUCGAUAAAUGUUGAUAUCGCUUCAAAAGUUUCAACUUAAAAACAUUCAAACAUAGUAAUUUAUUUUUCGAUACGGGUUACUUCUUGCGUCAUACGUAAUCAUAUACUUUAAGCGUCAUCUGUUAUCUUUACUAAAACGAAAGGUAUAUUUGAGUAUAUUGUAGUUGUCGAUCAUCGAAACACUUUACCGUAUUGAAGUUCGCUUAUCUAAGCAUUAAUUUAAGUUUGAACGCAGCUGAAUUUUGGUUUUGUGUCAUAGGUCCGUGCAUGUUGACUGUAUCGUUAUUUGUAAGCUUACGUGCGCCAUCAAAUUUAGACUUGCAGCUCUGGUUUUGUCGUGAAACGCAUGUGUAUCAAAAUCGAUUAAUGCGUUUCGCCGUGGAUUUGAGCUAAUAUAACUUAGACCCUAACAGAUAGUAGUAAUAGAUGACUUUUUAGAUUGCAUCCGAUCCGAUGCAGUCAAUACUUACAGAAAACAGAUGCAGUCUACUAGUCUUAUCUCUAGACACUUAAAUGGCGUCAUCAUGAAGUUUCAUAAUUAUUGAUUGACGAGAUAUGGCCAUAUUUAUUAAACUUCAUGAGGUGUCUGCAAUUUUGUUUAUUCGUGAAACAGAGUGAAAUAAGUUGGUUACGUCCGAUAACUAUAACAGAUAGAUGAGAAAAAUAAAAAUACAUAUAAAAAUCACUUCUCUAUACUAAUAUAAAGUAGAUAUAUGAACGGAGCGAGUGCGGCGUUCUCAUACUAUCGUAAGUUAGUUAUAGUUUUGUUUUAAGAUGGGUCGACGGACUUAAAAAAUCCAUAGAAAUCUGACCACGAACGGUCCAGGCACUGCCCUUUAUCCAAUAGGAUAAGAACUUUUAUCAUAACACAGCAAUUCAGAUUUAUUGAAACGUCGUCUCAUCAUUUGUGGUAUAUCUUGUUCCUUUAUUCGUUUAAUAGUGGUGUGCGGACGGAGACGCGGCGCGAACAUAGUCCAGUGUUCUGUAUCGCUUGUCAUGUGUUACUGAGGGCUCGUGGGGAGGCGCAUUUGCCUCACACCCUGCCGGGUUAUUGAGAUAGCCGUUUUACUCGUCGUUCUAGUAUUUUAUGCGAAACUAAAUCAUUGUGACAAAACCCCAUAGUCUAAAGCUAGACUCCAUUCGUAAUUGUCACAUUCCCUUCCCAGUGCGGCAUUUCUCUUUAGAACGGCAGAUUAGUACAUCUAUCACACUUUAUUAUUAACUUUUAGAUCAUAAGCGAAAGCACGAGGCGUAAAGUGCGUCUUCCCACGACUGUGGCUUAAUUUUAACAAACUUUAUGGUACAAAAUGUAAUUUUAGUUCCAUAGACGUUUAAGAUUAACAGAGUUUAUAUUUAGAGAAGAUAUCGAUAUUAUAUAUUCCCAUUUCGGUCUUUCGACCGUCGUCAAUAUAACUUAAGGUACAAUGAGAUAUAUGGAGUAAUAUAGAGUCUAUAUGUUAAUGAAGCUAGUUAUCGCGUGAGUUCAUUACGUCGGCAAUAGGCAGUAGUGCGUGAUUGUGGGUUACGCUACGGAUUCAUUGAUUUUCGGAAAUUUUCUGUACCGAUGAAUCGGCGGUUGUUUUGUACUAUCCGGAUCGAAGGACCUUUUUUGACUAAUUUGUCUCAGUCAUGAUUAAGUUAUCGUGUUUAUGGUCCUAAUUGUGAACGUGUUGUGGGUAAUUGUGUGCCGUCGAUUUAAGGACAGUUAGGAGCCGCACCGCCGAGUGGUCGAGGGCUGCCUCCUGUGAUACUUGCGCCGCGCCCCUCUGAUUCCGCACAUUUGUCUCAUCUAUAUUUAACCUAUACUAUAAUGCAACUGAUUCGGUGACGUCUAUAUAUGGCCAUAGGCCUUAAAACUAAAAAAACCCUUCCUUAGCUUCAAGGGUUCUCCAUAAUUUGAUGUCAUUGGAGUUGUAUAGAUGUCACCGAAUCAGGUAUGAUUGUGUGGUUGAGGUUGAUAGUCAAUUAUACUAUUCAUAAGUUGCGCAGUUGUUGUCUUCACUUGUCAAAAUCACUGAUAAACUGUAAAAAGUUUAAACCAUGAUGGAAUAAAAUGAGGUCUCACAGUUUCUUGGAUAACGGAUUGUGAAUGAUGUUAUAUUUGACAUGUUCGGGACCUGUAUUUUAUUGGAUCAUGCUUUCAACUAGGCAUUACGCAUGCGUAUAGUUGAUUAAAUUAAAAUAACCAUAUCUAAGACCGUUUACAGUUAAAGUGAUGACAAGACACUGCGCCCGCGACGCACUCGCUCUUAAGUGUUAAACAUACAUAAAAUAGGUACACUAUAGAUACUGAAUGACAACUACGAAACGUAAAAUAAAAAACUAAAAAAAAGUAAUAAAUUUAAAAAUUCAGAGUUAUAAUAGUACGUUAGUUUUAAUUAAUUAUAUUUCUGAUAUUGAUUGAUGUUUUGCUAAAAGAUAAUUUAUCUGUACGUUACGUUUGAUCGCGUGGAUUCGCUCUGCCGUCGCAGCCUCCGCCGCGCGUCUUUGUUUCUUAAAACCCCGAAUACACUACCUGGUAUAUGAAGUACUGAAGUGGAGUCAUCGCAGAAGUACAUCAGGUCCCGGUCCAAGUUCUGACUUAUAACGACUAUUUUGAAACAUCUGAAAGGAUCAAAUGUAGUAAUUAUAAGUCAGAUGUUAAUUAAAACCGAAUCAACAUCGUCAAAU